AUGGACGACCCAAACACCAUCGCCAACCGCGACGAUGCCAUCCCCGUGCUUCGCAUCCCUUCUCGCAAUGAUGCAGCACCACCUCCUGCCGUCUCCGGCUCCGAGAGCGACACCAGCAAGACUCGUACUCGCGAUAAGCUGAAGGAGCAGGCCAUGAAAUUAAAGGACAGAGUCGAUCACAGCCUCCCACCAGAAACGAAGGACAGACUCGGACUGCAAGAUCGUCUGUUCAACGGCAUCAUGGCCCAGAUUAUCCCGCCCGAGGAGCUGAGUGAGAAUGAAGGUGGAAACAUGACUUCAGACAAGGAUCGGGGAACAGCUGCAGGCAAGACAACACAGCAGAAACCCGACCGCAGAAGCCGAACCUACGUCGACCGCCCCAAUUUCAGCAUUCCCCAAAUGAGCUCCAACUUCCGCCGCUUCAACAGCCGCAUCGGUCCCGUCUUCGUUCUCCAAAACCGCCUCAUCCACCUGCUGACUUGGCGCCAACCCACCGCCACCUUGUCUCUGCUAACAAUCUACACCCUCCUCUGUCUAAACCCGCACCUCCUCCCUCUCAUACCUUUAGUAGGCCUACUCUUCUAUAUCCUCCUCCCCUCUUUCCUCGCCCGUCACCCAACACCAGCUAAUGAUCCUCGCGUGGAGCCCGGGUACGGCGGUGCGGGGAUUAAAAGGGAGGAUGUGGGGAAAUCUAGGCCCGCGCCUGAGAUGAGUAAGGAUUUCUUCCGCAAUAUGCGGGAUUUGCAGAAUUCGAUGGAGGAUUUCUCGCGGGUGCAUGAUGGGGUGAAUGAGUUUCUGGUUCCUUGGACGGAUUUCAGUGAUGAGGGUACGAGUUCGAUGAUUUUCGUUACGUGUUUUGGGGUGGGGUGUUUGGGUAUGCUGGGCAGUGAGGUCGUGCCGUGGAAAUUUGUGAUGUUAAGUGUGGGAUGGGUGGCAGUGCUAGCCGGCCAUCCGAGGGUACAAGAGUGGAUGGGCGAGGAGAGGAAUCUUAGUCAAGCGAGCACGCAUGCUGAGAACCUCCUCGCGAAGCUGAAGUCCUUGAUCGGGGAUGAAAUCAUCCUCCGCUCCCCUCCCUCGACCCGGCAAGUGGAGAUUUUCGAACUACAGAAAUACGAUUUCUACUCCGAGACAUGGGAGCCCUGGCUCUUCUCCCCUGCACCGUUUGAUCCUCUCAGCCCGGCCCGGAUAGCAGGUGCAAGGGCGAAAGGAACCCAGUUCUUCGAGGACGUGGCACCGCCUCGGGGAUGGAAAUGGAAGGGGAAGAAAUGGGAGCUGGAUCUUGAGAGUCGGGAGUGGGUGGAGGAGAGGAUGGUGCAAGGGGUAGAGGUGGAGAUGGAAGGGGACAGGUGGGUGGUUGACUUGGCUGAGGAGGUUGUGCAGGCGAAUCUUGGGUCUCCUGUGGGGAAGAAGGGAAGCGAGGUGAGGAAGGGGAAGCCGAGGAGUGGGUGGGAGGAAGGGGUUGGUGGGGAGAAUAGGGGGGAGUGGAGACGGAGGAGGUGGGUUAGGCUGGUUGAGAGAAAGGUGGAGGGCGGCGUGGGGUCGGGAGGGAAAGGGUGA